CGAUUCGUAGGUGUUCAAUUUUUCUUCCAAAUUUUUUUAAACAAAAUGUUAACGCUUCCGCAAUUGCAACGUUCCAAGGCCACCCCGGAAACGAUCAGGUACCGUAAUUUGUUAAACUUUAUCGAGAUGAAUGAUUUGGAAACCGUGCAAUUUAACGGCCAACGAGUAACGACCCCCCGCAAGAUGAAAAUGUCGGCCCCGGAGCGCGGUUCCGAAAUAUUCGUCGGGAAAAUACCCCGGAACAUCUUCGAGGAUGAACUUGUACCCUUGUUCGGACGUGUCGGCGUGAUUACAAAAUUUCGCCUGAUGCUCGAUUUUUGCGGGCUUAAUCGCGGUUACGCUUUUGUUACAUACGCUAAUGCGGCUUACGCUGAUCGCGCGGUCGCCAUGUUGGAUCGUUACGAGAUACGUUGCAAUCGAUUUAUCGGGGUGUACAAGUCAAUCGAUAAUUGUCGAUUGUUUAUGGGCGGCGUCCCCGUCGACAAGACCAAGGAGGAAAUUUAUAACGUUCUCAAGGAGUACGUCGAUGGAAUUACGAAGGUCAUCAUGUAUCCCGCGCAGGUGUUGGGGGAUGUUAAUCGCGGUUACAUUUUUAUCGAAUUCGUCGAUCACAAAGCGGCCGCCAUGGCUCGACGACAGCUCGGUUACGGCUUCGCUUUGUGGAACAAAGAUAUCGCCAUUGAUUGGGCCGAUCCCAUUCCGGAAGUCUCUUCGGAGAUUAUGAGCCAGGUGACGAAACUCUACAUCCGCAAUUUACCUCUACAGUACAACGAGUCGAUCAUACGCGCGUUGCUUCGUAAGAUAAUCGACGACGCCGCUAUCACUAAGAUACACCAGAUCAAGGAUUACGCAUUUAUACACUUUUUCAAUCGCGAAUCUGCCGAAUUCGCCAUGACCAUGUUGAAAAACACCGCCAUUUUGGGGGAGGAGGUCGAAGUGGACUGGGCACGUCCGGCCAAAUACAGCAAGUUUCAACGCAUGAACGCACCGGCACAAAACUUCUGCACGUCGGUCCCGCCACGCAUGCGAAAAAUUGUGCAGGAACGCAAGCUGUCCCUGAGCAGGGAGACGGCGGCGCUCAGAUCGCCAUCAGGGACCGAUAGCCCUGGUGAAAAUUCCAGUCUCUGCGAUGGCACUUUUCAGUUGUGGAACACCGAGCCCCUAAUCGACACCGCCUUAUUGUCAAUGCACAUUUCUGACUGACUGAAUUUUUCGAUUUCGCAUGAUUAAAUAUUGAUAUUCUUGAUUCAUUCUACCAACAUUGUUGAAUUCGCUA